AUGUCCGACGACUGGGCUGUACAAGUUGAGCAACACGCAAAUGCAGAAGUUCCCAUGGAGAUGCCAGAGGUCAAACUUUUCGGCAAAUGGUCACUGCAAGAUGUGAAUGUAUCAGAUAUCACACUCGUUGACUAUGUUGCCGUCAAGGAUAAGUGCGCUAAGUACCUUCCUCAUUCGGCUGGCCGCUAUCAGGUGAUGCGGUUCCGCAAGGCUGGAUGCCCAAUCGUAGAGCGCUUAUGCAACUCCAUGAUGAUGCACGGACGUAACAAUGGUAAAAAGUUGAUGACCGUUCGCAUUGUGAAACACGCUUUCGAGAUCAUCCACUUACUCACUGGCGAGAACCCUGUACAAGUAUUAGUGAACGCUGUGAUAAACAGUGGUCCUCGUGAAGACUCCACCCGUAUUGGACGAGCGGGUACCGUUCGUCGACAAGCCGUAGACGUGGCCCCACUUCGCCGCGUUAAUCAGGCCAUCUGGUUGUUGUGUACCGGCGCCCGAGAAGCCGCUUUCCGCAAUAUCAAGACCAUCGCCGAGUGUCUUUCCGAUGAACUCAUCAAUGCUGCAAAGGGAUCUUCGAACAGCUACGCUAUUAAAAAGAAAGACGAACUUGAGCGUGUGGCUAAGUCCAACCGUUAA